AUGUCUGCUGCGCCCGAGAGCAACCAGGCCCACUCCGGUGGUGAGAGUUCCACUUCCAAUGGCACCACGCCGGCGCCCUCGACCACGACUACCGCCACCUCCCAGUCGAGUGCACCCGCUGCCGACGACACCUCCCUCACCUGCAAAUGGGCCACCUGCGGCGACAAGUUCAUGUCUGCCGAGAUCCUUUAUGAACAUAUCUGCGAGAAGCAUGUUGGCCGGAAGAGCACUAACAAUCUCAACCUGACGUGCCAGUGGGCUCAAUGUCGAAUCACCACAGUCAAACGUGAUCACAUUACGUCGCACAUCCGCGUCCAUGUCCCGCUCAAACCGCACAAGUGCGACUUCUGCGGCAAGUCAUUCAAGCGCCCGCAGGACCUGAAGAAGCACGUCAAGACCCACGCCGAUGACUCCGUCCUGGUGCGCUCGCCCGAACAACAUGGCGGUAUGAACGGCGGUAUGAACGGCGCCUACAGAACCCAAGGCAAAGCUCCCUCCAGCUACUAUGAUCACAAUGGCCAGAUCCGUACUAACACGGCUGCCUACGGUCAGCCGACCCAUCAAAGCGGUCAUUCUAGCAGUUACUACCAGCAUCACGCAGCUCCCUCGUUUGGUGCUCCCAUGUACUACCAGGCUAUCGGUGGUCGCGGUGACCACAUGGGCUACCAAGCUGCUGCAGAGUUCGACUCUCGCAAGCGAUCUUACGAUGUAAUGCACGAGUUCUUCAGCGAUGCUAAGCGCCGCCAGCUCGAUCCCGCAUCGUACCAGCAGGUCAGCCAGCGACUGAUGCCUCUUCACGGUGCUCUGCCAAUCCACUCUGGCUCUCUCGGUGCCGAGUAUUUGCCAGCUCCGGCUGUCGUCGGCGUGGAUGGUCCUGGCGGUCAAGGCCCUUACCAGCACUACGCCUUGCCGCCUAUGCCCAAUAUCCGCACCAAGAACGACCUGGUUCAGAUCGAUCAGAUUCUCGAGCAGAUGCAGAGCACCGUCUACGAGAACUCUAACACUGCGGCGGCCGCAGGAGUUCAUCAGCCUGGUUCGCACUACAUGCCUCUCAACUUCCGUCACAGCCAUUCCCCGCCUCACUCGGCAGCCCCGGCUCCAUCGCACAUGCAACAUGGCGGAUAUUCACAAGCUCAUGCAGCCUCACCGUUGACUGCAGUUUCGUCGACUCACUCGAAUGGCACACCAGCUGUUACGCCACCUUCCAGCUCUGUAUCAUACACCUCCGGUCACUCACCCACCGCCUCUUCAUCUGGGUUUUCACCGUCCACUCGUCACAGCACGACCACCACGGCCCUAUACCCGAGCCUUCCCGCAGUCACCUCAGGCUACCCCGGCCAAUCGGCAACGUCGACCCUAGGCCCCAACUUUGACACAGACACUCGACGCCGCUACUCUGGUGGUAUGCUCCAGCGUGCUGCCGGUCCUCGACAGGUCGAGGACCGCGAGGCUUCAAGCACUCCUAAGCCCUCGGAGUCUGCCGUCUCCUCGGUCAGUUCACCUUCUGCUGAGUCUGAGGUGAGCGCCGAGAAUCGUGAAGACCAAGCCUACGAAGAGUGGCUGGAGAAUGUCCGUGUGAUCGAGUACCUUCGGGAAUACGUUAUCGACCGCAUCCGACGCAGAGAUUACGAGGAAGGAAGCCCGGCGUCCACUGAUUCCAUGGAGGUCGAUUCUCCUUCCAGGCCACCUUCCCAACCCGCUUAUCCUGCCCUUCCCCUAUCUUAG